UCUCACCCGCCUCUUUCUACAAGGUUUGUCAGACUCUCACUGUUUUUGGUCCGGACUGGUCGUUACACACCUGUUCUGUUUCUUGUAUUUUCCGGUGCUUCCCUGCCAGGCAUUCCCUGCUACUAGCCGGUCCUAGCCUCAGUGGGCUAAAUUCACUGCUAAGUAACUACGCGCCGAAGGCAGCCUGCUUCAUCGUGACCAUUCUCUUCCCCUCCUAUCCUAGCCUCAUUCUGUGUUCAUCCUGCAGAGUUUCUUGUUUAAAUACGUCCUUGAUUACUUUGAAUUCGGUCCAUGCAACCCUUUCAAAUUGGUAUCUGACAAUCCGACCUACAGUCUUUGUGAUCUUACAGCCACAGCCGUCAGCUGUGUGUGCUUUUACUCAAGAUGACGACCAUGGAUUUGCGUGUCGGUAACAAAUACCGCAUUGGCCGCAAGAUUGGAAGCGGUAGCUUCGGUGAUAUCUAUCUUGGAACUAAUAUCAUCUCCGGUGAGGAGAUUGCUAUUAAGCUCGAGAGUGUCAAGGCUAAGCACCCCCAACUUGAGUACGAGGCUCGUGUUUACAAGUCUCUUGCUGGUGGUGUUGGCAUUCCAUUCGUCCGUUGGUUCGGUACUGAGUGUGACUACAAUGCUAUGGUUAUUGACCUUUUGGGUCCCAGUCUGGAGGACCUAUUCAACUUCUGCAACCGCAAGUUCUCGCUCAAGACCGUGCUUCUCCUGGCUGAUCAACUCAUUUCCCGCAUCGAGUAUAUCCAUGCCAAGUCUUUCAUUCACCGUGAUAUUAAGCCCGACAACUUCCUCAUGGGCAUUGGCAAGCGCGGAAACCAGGUCAAUGUGAUCGAUUUCGGUUUGGCCAAGAAAUAUCGUGACCCUAAGACGCACUUUCACAUUCCUUAUCGCGAGAACAAGAACCUUACCGGAACUGCCCGUUACGCCAGUAUCAACACUCACUUAGGUGUUGAACAGUCUCGCCGUGAUGACAUGGAGUCUCUGGGAUACGUCAUGCUCUACUUCUGCCGUGGCACUCUCCCUUGGCAGGGACUUAAGGCUGCCACUAAGAAGCAGAAGUAUGACCGCAUCAUGGAGAAGAAGAUGACCACGCCCACUGAGGUCCUUUGCCGUGGAUUCCCCAACGAAUUCUCGAUCUACUUGAACUACACCCGUUCCCUGCGUUUCGAUGACAAGCCCGAUUACUCGUACCUCCGCAAGAUUUUCCGUGACCUUUUCGUCCGUGAGUCUUUCCAGUACGACUACGUUUUCGACUGGACCGUCUACAAGUACCAGAAGAAUGCCGCCAUGAUUGUGGAUGCCAGCAACAAGAAGGAUAAGGAAGCGGAGGAACAGCAGCGCCGCCAAGGCGUGGCAGCUGCUGCACCGAUGGGCACCCCUGGUGCUGCUGCUAAGCCUGGUGCUAUUUCAAGCCAGCGCCGCAAGGUCAUCGAACGUGGAACUCUCGACAACACCCCCGACACCAACCGUGCUGUGGGAGGGAGUGACAGGAUGUGAGUAUCUGAAACCUAGGUUCCGUUCUUCGGCGUUAGGCUGCGUUCU